CGGUUGUUAGAUUAAUUGCAUGUUUGGUAUUAUUCGUUACUCCAUAGAAGUCGUUUUAUUUUUUGACAGCUUCGUAAUACAAAAUUUGUAGUGAACAAAGAAUUUGGCAAAAUGUCUAGUCCGGAACGUAUUUUUAAAAGUCCACCGCUAAAAGAAGAAUUGUGUGACGAUGGCCUCUUGUCAUUGGAAAAACUGGACAGAGCCUCACCAGAAAUGUGGCCUGAAAAAAUACCUGGCAUAACGGAUUUCAUAGCAAUGAGUGACACACCUAUUUGCACACCGGCUCCAGAGUGGACAAACGGUUUAUCACGAGAAGAUGUUACUUCUAUGUUAGAAUUGAGCAAACUAAGCCAUAAUGGUGUCAUAUUAGAGGUAAAAAACAUUUAUGACGAUGCGUAUCAAUUGGGAGUGCAUGAAGCAAAAGAAAUGACACGAGGAAAGUACUUAGGAAUAUUUAGUAAUGCAAAGAAAAAAUAAAAAAAAUCGUUUGUCAUAAAAUUAAGUAACAGAUAUAAACAUUGCAACCAGAACAAUGGAUAUGCUUGUCGAGUCCUUGACGAGUGUUUAUAUAUCUAUAAGUUCAUAAUUUUGUAUAAACAAAAAUAUUAUUACUUUUGGUAUAUUCUGAUAUCUAAUGAUUGUUUAAAGAUUUAGAAAUUUUUCUGAUUUACUACGCAAAAUGUUGUUUCAAAUUGAACUGAUUCAUAUUAUGU